UGAAGGGAAAAGCCAUUUUUAAUUAGAUGCAGCACACACAUAUCCAUCCUAACUAAUUUGUACACAGACCCCCUGAAGCAGCUCGGAGAGUUUACCUAUCUCUUUAGCCUGUUUAUUUAGGGAUGUGUUUGAACAAUGAGCAAGCACAUUGCUUAGUAAGCCAUGUCCAUGUACGACUACAGUCUGAUAUGUAACUUCCCCAAAUGUCGAGGCAGGCUGAGCGGCUUCGCCUGGGUCACAGCCUGCUCUCACAUCUUCUGUGAACGGCACGGCUCCGGGGAGUUCAGCCGCACCCCGGCCAUCUGCCCUGCCUGCUCCUCUGCCCUGUCUGGAAAGCUGGACAUCGUUCGCACUGAGCUGGCGCCCUCAGAGCAGUACAAGGCCAUGGUUUUGGUAGGAUUGCGACCUGAGACCGUCCUGGAUAUCAGCCACCGAGCACUGGCCUUUUGGACCUAUCAGGUCAACCAAGAAAGGUUGCUUAUGGAGUACAGUUUGUCCCGAGCAGAAGUGCAAGUUCGCCAAAUGGAGAAGUUGAUGGCACAGCAGAACCAUUCCAAAGAGCAUGAGUUGAACGCGAUGCGAGAGGAGAUUGCAUCACUAAAUAAGAGGCUGGAGGAAUAUAAGCAAAAAUAUAGUGAAGCUUCAGAGCUUCUGAUGAAGAGAAACAGACAGUAUCAGAAGCUUCAGGGUCUGUUUGAGACUUUGAGGCUACGCACUAUGGAGGCUUCUGACAAAGAUGGAGUGAACCAGGCUGCCCAUCUUUUCCCCUCUGGAAUAAUUAGACAGCGUUCCCCACACAGCACUCCUCCUUUCUUAGGAGUGGGUCCAGAAGGUGACAAGCUCUUCCCUUCUUUCAAAGAACCAGAGAGCUUCAAGAGCUUUUUCUAAUUUAGCUCUCCACCAAGAGAGAAAGGGCAUUCCUUUAUGAAGAAAAACUGACUGCAUAAAACCUGAGCUUGGAAUGCAGGGAUUUUUUCCUUUACUUUUUUCAUUACACUGUUAUAUUCUUUGGAUACACUUUAAUGUUGUUCAGUUUGCCACUAUUAAGUUAUAACAUUUCUUCAGUGUUCAUUGUAAAGCUGU